AUCGUAACAGUACCCACAGUCAGCAGGAGCUCUCUUCUCUGUGGUGUGAACUCCAGAGAGACAGACCAGAGCUGCUGAGUGUCCUUGAAGGCAUCCUGAUCCAUGCAGUGUCCCAUUUACAGGACUCCAUCAGAGAAAGAGAUAGUCUGGAACAAGCUCUACGCAGACGAGAGAGUGAACAUGAUCAGGUAGUUCGGUCCAUAUAUGAAGAAAUGGAGAACCAAAUCAGAGAGGAGAGAGAGAAACGCCUGUCUCAGGACAGUAUUGAACAGAAGCAGAGAGGGCAACAACUUGAGGAGGAGCUGAAGAUGCAGGAGCAAGAGUUGGAGAAUACACUGACCCAACAGAAAGAGCUGGAGAUCAGAAUCCGGCAGCUGAGCUGUGAACAGGCAAACAUUAAGGAGCAGAACCAGCAGCUGCGGAGCCUCAACGCCCAAUUACAGGAGCAGGUGGAGAGCAGCAGAGAGCAGCUGCAGGCCGCUCUGGGUCAGCUCAGCCUGCUGCAGCUCAGCACUGCCCAGGAACAAGUGGCCAGACAGAGAAACGUGAUGAAGGUGUCAAGGAACAUGCAGAAAGAGAAGGACAGUCUCUUGAGACAGCUGGAGCUAUUGAGGGAUAUGAACAAAAGGCUGCGAGACGAGAAAGAUGCCCAACAGUCUCAGAAGAGGAAUCCAAAUGUCACAAAGCCUUUGCAGAAGAAAGGGUCAAUCAUAGGUAACUACUUACUGCAGGACAAGCCAUUGAAAAGACAGCUGAGCUCAUCCGAUGAGUUGGAGCAGGAUAAAGACACAGAGGUGACAAAUUCCUCCAAGAGACACCCACUGUCAUGUAAAGUCAGGUGUGAAAACGUUGAGCAAGUGCAAACGCAGAGUACAAUUGUCAGUCCUCAGCGAGUGUUCAAGGUGGUAUUCCUGGGUAACACAGGGGUGGGUAAGAGCUCCUUCAUCCAGCACUACUGCACAGGACAUUUCUACAGUAAAAUGAGCGCAACAGUGGGUAUAGAUUUCCAGAUGAAGACUUUAACUCUGGGCUCCACCACCAUCACCCUGCAGCUUUGGGACACUGCAGGACAGGAGAGGUUUCGCAGCAUCACUGAGCAGUACUAUCGAAAAGCCGACGGUAUCCUUGCCAUGUAUGACAUAACUCAAUCCUCCUCUUUUGCCGCUGUGAGAGGGUGGAUUGACUCUGUGAAGGAGAAGAUGUGUGAAGGUGCGGUACUGAUGCUGCUGGCAAACAAGCUGGACUUGGCAGACAGUCACAGCAGAGACGUGACAACCAACGAGGGGCAGAGACUAGCAGAGCAGCACCAAGCUUUGUUUUAUGAGUGCAGUGCCAAAACUGGAUGGAACAUGGACGAGCUGAUGACUUCUUUGGCUGGGAUGUUAGUCUCCAAGCAUGAUCGACAAUGUGAAGAUGCACUUUUACUGACUGAGGUAAAAAGAGGUUGCUGUACGUAAACAGUGGAUGAAAGGCUUUUUACUAAACUCCCAGGCCCAAUUCCUGAGGUCACCUAAAUCAUUUCAAGACACAGACAGCGACAUUUUUCUGCAAAACAAGUUUACUGGUGAACAGUAUCUGUAAUGUUGGUUUAUAAUCCAUCUAAUAAAAUAUAGUUUUGAUGACUC